UCUCUGUCAAAAGCCAGCAGCAAUCGUGGUGAGCUUCACGUGCACACAACUCGGUCUCUCGCUAUCGCGGAGACGAUCGGCAACGCACCCCGAGCAGCUGGUCUGCCAGGCUGCACACAAGCACACCUAAGCAGGUGAAUGAUGGAUCUUCUCAAUAAUCAACAUUCCCAAGUCCAAUGCCCCAAUGCAGGCAGAGGCCAAGCGGAAGGUGGCCUGGGGCUGCUGAACAGGCGUCGUGGCGCCAUCAAGCAGGCUAAGGUCAAGUACGUGAAGGGUCACGCGUUCGUCACCACCUUCUUCCCACAGCCCACGUUCUGCUCCGUCUGCAAGGAGUUCGUCUGGGGCUUGAACAAGCAAGGAUUUCAGUGCAAGGAGUGCAACGCGUCGAGUCACAAGCGGUGUGUGGACAACGUACUGGCCCGGUGCACGGGGUCUGCAGACACCAACAGGCAGACGGAGAUCGUGCGAGAGAGCUUCAACCUGCACAUGCCACACUGCUUCAAGGUGCACAGCUACCGCAGCCCCACCUUCUGCGACCACUGCGGGACGCUGCUGUGGGGCUUCGCCAGGCAGGGCCUGCAAUGCGAAGCCUGCGAUGCGAACGUGCACCACAAGUGCAAGGGGAAGGUGGCCAACCUGUGUGGCAUCUCCACGGAACGACUGGCAGAGCUGCUGCGCCACGUGGAGGGAGGCCAGAAGGAGAAAGGUCCACCAGCAGCAGAGAGGCCGGUCGAGUCACAGCCGCCGAGCUUCAACCCCGACAAUGCAGUUGAGAAGGUGGAGGUGGCAUGGGAAGCCCCAGCACUGGAUGAAGCAAAGAAAUAUCUGACCCCACCACAACCGGCACCGCCCCAGUCAGGGCCUGACGAGUCGACACGGCCAAGCGGAGAGAGUGCCGGAAAGUUAUCGCUCGACCACUUCCACCUCGUCAAAGUGCUCGGCAAAGGCAGCUUCGGAAAGGUGAUGCUGGCGGAGCUGAAGGAGCAGGGGAAGUUUUAUGCCCUCAAGGCGCUCAAGAAGGAGGUGGUCCUCAUGGGCGACGACGUGGAAUGUACCAUGGUGGAGAAACGCGUGCUGCUGAUGGCCUGCGAGCACCCCUUCCUCACCCACCUCUGUGGUACAUUCCAAACCAAGGAGCACUUGUUUUUCGUCAUGGAGUUCCUCACUGGCGGUGACCUCAUGUUUCACAUCCAGGACAAAGGGAAGUUUGAGCUGCCGACAGCAACAUUCUACGCGGCAGAGGUGAUAUGUGGCCUGCAGUUUCUUCAUUCACACAACAUCAUCUACAGAGACCUGAAGCUGGACAACGUGCUGCUGGACAGGGAGGGCCACGUGAAGAUCGCCGAUUUCGGAAUGUGCAAGGAGCACGUGUGCGCAGGAAACCUCGCCACCACGUUCUGCGGCACCCCGGACUACAUCGCACCCGAGAUCUUGCUGGGGAGGGCGUACGGCACGUCGGUCGACUGGUGGUCCAUGGGCGUGCUGAUCUACGAGAUGCUCAUCGGGCAGUCUCCGUUCUACGGCUCAGACGAGGACGAGCUGUUCGAGGCCAUCAAGGGCCGCACGCCGCACUACCCACGCUGGCUCACCGACUCCUCACACAACAUCCUUAGCUGUCUGUUUGAGCGAGACCAUACCAAGCGGCUGGGGGCUGUAGGGGACAUUCGCCUGCACCCCUUCUUCAAGAACAUCGACUGGGCCAGCCUUGAAGCGCGGAAAAUAACCCCUCCGUUCAAGCCCAAAGUGACGUCUCCCAGCGACUGCAGGAACUUCGGCCACGAGUUCCUGAGCGAGUCCCCGCAGGUGUCGUGCCGAGGAAACAGCAACCACAUGAUCAUGUCCAUCGAGCAGACCAUGUUCGCCGGAUUCUCCUUCGUGAACCCUUCGAUCCGGGCGCUCCUCCAGUGAGAUCCACAUCCCCAGUGUUGGUGCUUGCCCAGCCGGCGUUGGGUGCAAAGUAAAUUUAAUUUUAGAGGCCACCCCUCCCACCCCCCCAUUUGAUUUUUAAAGUCCCAGUGAGAUGACAGGUGACAUAUAAACAAGAGACAGACGUGGAGUGAGAUGAGAGAGGUGAGACAGAGAUGCAGUGAAACGAGAGAGAUUAAGACAAGAGAUCGAGAUGGAGUUAGAUAUUUUUUUAAAAAACAGACAACAUAUGGACGAAACAGAUGCGUAUGGCUUUCAUCGCUUUAGUUGGCUUUUUUAUUUUUAGGCUUGGAAUUCGAGCUGAUAUCUUGUUCACCAUUGUUUUUUUUUCUCCCAUAAAUCUGGGGCCCUUUAAGCUUGGUAAAUAAUAGCCAGACUGCCGUGCAUAUGCAUUUGCUUAGUUUAACUAUGCCUAGCCAUGCCUAGCGCCACCCCUGGCGAUUCCAGCCUCAGUUGCCCCAAGAUGGCUUGCGCAAUUCACUCAAAGAUGAUUUGCUGGGCCCAGUCAGUUACAUUACACUGUUUUGUGACCUAUACCGGCGUCAUGGGCGUCACGUGAUGUGGACCACGUGUGUGUUUUCUGCACCGUAUCCUCCUCGUGAUAACCGUCUCUCAUUGCAUAACAUCCCAAAGCAGGGCCACAGAGCCGAGGCAAUUAUUGUGCUCCGGUUUCAGCCUGCCUUAUAAUCAUUUCAAAUCGUAACGCGCACAGUAUUCACUCACUCUUAAAGAGAGAGAAUGUGACUCAGGGGGGCGAGGAACCACGGGCGAGUGGGAAGGCAGCGAGCCGCCGAAUCUACGCAAACUGUGCGCGUAAAACAUUUGUAGCUCUAACUUUAAUGAGAAGGUGUAGACGUAGUUGUGCAGAGUCGACUUAGAAUGCAUUCUAACUUUAUGAAAUACAUUUAGUCAACAACCUAUAAAGAGGUAUAUACACUUUGAUCCUGUUUAAAAGUGGGAUAAUUUGUUUUAAAUGACCUAUAACGUUUAAUUCAUCCUAUUUAUCAUCAUCAUCAACCUUGAUCAAUCCACUGAAGCCCUCCCCAAAUCCACCACCAUCUCUGCAAUAUAAUAAUCCACCUACCACCUGCACAUCAGCUGAUUUCAUCCUUCCAUCUCCUCCCCUCCUUGGUGUACGUCCUCUCGGACGCGUUCCAUCCCUCGGCUAGCACUCCGUCAUUAUUAUUGACCGUCGGUCAUCAUCCCUUCUAGCGAUGUGUACUGCACAAGCCCACUCACUGUAACGUCGCGUAUCAGGUAUCAUGUCUUCAUCCUGCACGUGUGUUCUCUAAUCCGCGUGUUCCUCUUUCCGUUACUCCGUGCACUUCUCAGUUUUCGUUCCACAUUUGUCGUGUGGGUCCAUCUUUCUGAUAGAUAUAUAUAUCUCAUAGCAAGUAAUAUUCAUUGAUUAAAACAUGAUUCUGUAGGUAGAUUGACAUGUUGCUUUUUAUUAUAAAGUUCAGCUUUUCAAAACACUCUAACCUGCUCUGGUCCAUCUCUAUCAUUCAUCAGCUUGAUUCUGGUCUGUUGUAGCCCAUUAUAUAUCAAUAUAUGUCCUUUCAGGGCAGUGUUUGUUCAGUUUUUAUGCAUAUUCUACUGUGUUUUCCAGUUGUAUCUCUCCGGCAGAUGUCAUCCUCUUUCUUUUCCAAAAUAACUGUUAUUUGACUGAACAACACUUAUUUUCAUAAAAAAAAACCAGCCAUCGGAUGUGAUUCACACGCCGACUUGCAUAUGACACAAACGGGCUUGGCAUGCAUGCGUAACCCGCAUGGCGCUUUGUUGAACACACCAUCACACAAAUGCAGGAGCCACAAUUAUAUUUUACUAUAAAAAUGAGUGGAAGAGAAGCUUUCGCGAGCUUUCUGUUGAGGAACAGCGGAUCAAGUAAUUAGUGACCAAGGGUGCGAUCCCACAUGUUUGACACAUUGAUUCGUCAGGGACAUUUCAUCCUUGCAGAGUGCUCUAAGUGUUCUUGUUACAUGAGCUCUGCCAAGACGGUGUGAUUCACCAGGUUUCAAUCGCAUCCGUAGACUUCUCCCUCACGGGUAUUUGUUAUUUGUUUACCUCCAAUAAUAUUCCAGCUGUGCUGAGAAAGUCAAUGGCACAAUAUGAAGAUACGUCAUUUUUAAACUCUCACGGAGUGCAGUAUUCCCUCGUUGUUCACAAACUGGCUAUCCGCGAAUCGCAUCUGAAACCCUACACGACUGCAUCAAGAGAGGGAAAGAAAGUGAUGGCAUAAAGUGAAGAGAGAGAAUGUGAUACGAGAGAGUAAUGAGACAAAGAGAUGGGAGAGAGAUAACUUCUCAAACGUUAAUUCAUCAAGAACGUAGGUUUUCGUCGGUCCAAUAUCAUCAUCCGCAAUAUGUGCUUUUCACGAGCAUCUCCAGAAAGUAUCCCUUUGCGAAUAACGAGGGAAUGAUCUGCAGUGCAUCACACAACGCCGGGGAGAGGCGCCCAGAAGAUGAUACGACCAGCACCUGUUUCUGGAGCCACUAAAGCAGGCCUCUCAACACUAGGAGACUACACUUCCUUCAUGCCCAGCAGAGAGUGUCAGGUUAAUAUUAAAACCAAAAUUGUAUCCCUCGGAGCUGGAAUUUGCCCAAUUAAGUGAAAAAAAACCAAAAGGCUAAGGGGAAACUUUAACUGGGUGGAAAACCUUGACUUUAAAUUAAGCACAAGAAGCCGAAAUAACGUACUGCUUACUAGCAACUCGUGAGGACAUUUGGCAAUUCGAGUGGGCAUGUGGUGUGUAGAUAGGGCCAAUCUACAGCGAGUUGUCCGUUUGAAGAGCAUGCUAGCUUUUCAUGACUUCAGUUAAUAUGGGCCUCCAGACCCCCAUAUCUCUAUUUUUUAAAUAGAGAGAUGCCCCUAUGUUCUCUUGGCAAUCAAGAGUCUCAGCGUGAUAUCCUUUAUUUAAUAAUCCCUGAACGCACUCGGAAUGGGUAAUGUCCCCUCUGAGGCGGAUUUUUGUGUGGAUAUCGCACGAUGGGCUGAUUGCCUCCCAUUACGCCUAUUUAAUCCCCCCCCCCCCCCCCCACAAUCACUAACGACCCAACAGAUGUUUCAAUGCACUGUCAAUACGACUCAUGAGAGAACACUGAGCGCCUCACAUCUGAAAUUGAUCGUGCAGUGUGGAUGAGCCUUAGGAAUAAGUGAGAUUGCUUCCAGUUCACACCGAAUGCACCCAGUCCCCGUUUUAGAACAGCGGUGCAUUUAAUUUAACGCGUAGGCUUUCGCGGCCAAUGUUAUUCAUAAUGAAGGUUUUCUUACGGUGGGAUCGCGCAAAUAUAAAUGUGACGUUAACCCACCACUCCUCGCGACAGCCAAUUAGUCAGGUUCGUGCCAAUUAGUUACCGGUGUGUUGGAGAGUAAACCCACAACAUUUACAAUUUGAGUACGACCUUUCACUGGUAAUUACAACGAGCUUCAUCAGGCAUUUCACUGCACUAAAUUCUGGACCGGCCGAACAUUUCUACGAAACGGCGUCGUAAACUAAAUUGCAAAUAAACAAAUGUAAUGAGAACAGUGAAAGCUCUAUAUUUCUAAUUUGUUCUAGAAAUUUCACCCAAUAAGUGAACCGAGUUGCUAUUCUAGGCAAGUGACAUCGACGGUCGUGUGUGUUGUCGCUUAUUUCAGAGGUUCGCAGUUCGAAUCCGUCGGCCGCCCUUGUUAAUACAGGAAUCCCCCACGAUACAUUUUCCGCAUUAUGCAUUGUUUCGCAUAUACGUUGCCGAUUGAGUAGAGGACAUAUUUCCUUAUCAGUGUAAUGCUUCGCAUAUGUGUUUAUUUGAAAAA